AUGCGGCGCGCGGCCGCCGCCUCCGCCUCCGCCCCCGCGCCCGCGGCCCCCGCCGGCCCGCCCCCGCCGCCCCCGCCGCCUCCGCUGCUGCCGCUGGUGCUGCUGCUGCUGGCGUUCGCCGCCGCGACGCUGGUGCCGGCGGCGGGCGCGGCGCCGUCCCCCAAGUACAGCACGCGCGUCGUGCGCACCAAGUACGGGCCGGUGCGCGGCCUGGUGCUGCAGCAGACGGUCGAGGCCUUCCUGGGCGUACCGUACGCGUCGCCGCCUGUGGGCGCGCUGCGCUACAUGCCGCCGCUGACGCCGUCGCCGUGGAGACACACGCGCCUCGCCGACGCGCUGUCGCCCGUCUGCCCGCAGCGCACGCCAGACAUCUCCAACCGCAGCGACGCGCUGCUGCGCUUCCCGCGCGGCCGCCUGCGCCAGCUCGAGCUGCUGCUGCCGCUGCUCGCCAACCAGAGCGAGGACUGCCUCUACCUCAACCUCUACGUGCCGCGAGCCGGUGAGUAG